ACCUAUUUAGUUAGACAGCAGAGUUACAGAAGGAGAGCUGGAAGCACCUGAUGGUAUGUUUGGGACAAUCCGCUCCAUGUCACUGCCCUCUUAACUGUCGAGAGACUCAAUCUACCUCCAGGCUUCGCCCACUGUCGACUUUUGCUCACUGUUUUCUCCUCUGAAGAAGUUUCCAGCUGAUCUCUGCUUUUACCCAUCAUUCACACAGAGUUAUCGAUAAAGGGGACUUUGCACUAUAUUAUUUUUUUACUGAUUCUAUUUAUUGUAUUUUUGCACUAACGAUGCACACUACGCAAAAGGACACGACAUACACGAAGAUUUUUGUUGGGGGUCUUCCCUACCACACCACGGAUUCAAGUCUCAGGAAAUAUUUCGAGGUUUUUGGUGAGAUUGAAGAAGCAGUGGUCAUCACCGACAGACAGACCGGCAAAUCAAGAGGUUAUGGAUUUGUAACGAUGGCAGACCGCUCGGCCGCGGACCGGGCCUGCAAGGACCCAAACCCAAUCAUCGAUGGCAGGAAGGCCAACGUCAACCUGGCCUACCUGGGGGCGAAGCCCCGCGUGAUGCAGCCAGGUUUUACCUUUGGUGUACCCCAAAUUCAUCCUGCCUUCAUCCAGAGGCCUUAUGGCAUCCCGGCCCACUAUGUGUACCCUCAGGCCUUCGUUCAGCCUAGUGUUGUCAUCCCUCAUGUGCAGCCCGCUGCCGCUGCACCCGCCACCGCCUCGUCUCCUUAUAUCGACUACACUGGAGCCGCCUACGCACAGUAUUCUGCUGCAGCCAGCGUAGCGGCCGCUGCGGCCUACGAGCAGUAUCCCUACGCCGCCUCCCCCGCCGCCACGGGCUACGUGGCCACCGCCGGCUACGGCUACGCAGUCCCACAGCCGUUAGCCACCGCCGCCCCGGGGUCGGCCGCCGCUGCGGCCGCGGCCUUCGGUCAGUACCAGGCUCAGCAGCUGCAAGCUGACCGCAUGCAAUAGCAGCCACUGCAACUGUUGGACAUGGAGAGAAAGGACGCCGACCCCCGGCCCCGGGUGUUUCAUUACAAGGAGGCAAGGAAAAGAAAGAUGGAGUGGCCUUAACGGUGGGCAUGUCAACACCUCCAAGGCAGAGUUGCUUUAAAAAGUUUAUGAGAAUAAUGAUGGUGAUGGUAGUGAUGGCCAUGGUGGGCUGGGAACUUUUUACAGUAACUUUCCAACUUGCUGUGCUUCAACCAAAAAAGCAAAAAAAAAAAAAAGAAAUUGAGUUGCCGAAAAAAAAUUAUUCACUAUUAUUAUUGUUGUUAUUAUAUUAUUAUUAUUAUUAUUAUUAUCAUCAUUACUAUUAUUAUUGUAGUAGGGUACUUCUUUCUAGAGAAAGAAAUACAGGAACUAAUCCCAGCGGUUGGUAUACUGUAGGUUUUCAACUAAGCCUUUAAGUCCUAUUGCUGUCUUUAACGUUAGUUUAGGAAAAUGCUCUCUUUUUUCUCUUGUUGCGUUCCACAAGUGUUUUUAGUUAUUUAAUGCCCUCGUAAGAUUUAUAUUUAUUAUCAUUAUUACUCAUUGAGGGCUCUGCUUGUUCAUUUUGUCUUUCAAGUGCAUUUUUUUGAAGUUAAUAUUUUCUGAUAAUCAGGGAAAUGGAACCGUUUCCAGUGUGUUUGCUAUUAUUAUUAUGUGACCUCUGUCAAGAAGUCAAGGAGUUGUAACUCGUUGUGUCACACACAUUUGAAGAACUACCUUUUUAUCUUCCUGAUGCUGAAUGUCCCUUUUUUUUGAAAAAAAACAAACAAAACAAAACAAAAAAAACUCAGUCUUGACCUCUUGACCUAUGCAAACAAAUCACAGUAAGAACAAAAAAAAGAAAACCUGAAAAAGGCACAAAACAAAACUGAAAAUGUCAUCAGCUCUGACUUGACUCUUGGACUAAAAGGGGGGACUUGGCAAACAAAGCAAAAGCACUGACAAAAGGAGAGAGGUUGGCUUCAGACAAUGAGAAACACUAAAUCUGUUGCCUUUCCACAUUUCAGUCACACGUAUACAUCCAGAGCUGCGCACAUAGCAGCCAAAGACAAAGGCAGCACAGUCGUGUAUCUCUGUGAUGGCGAGAAAGAGAAAAGAGGGGGAGAGCAGCCACUGGUGGGGGUGGACGGAGCCGCUCCAGCGGCACACAGACGGAUCACUCUGGAAAGAACGCAUCACUUGUGCUCAUUUGUUGAGCUGUCAAAUUUUAAUCCAGGGCCAAGCCCUUUGGGAACCGACUUUACGCCCCAACCCCACCCGACGCAGAGCCCCACGGUGCCCACCCCCCACCCACCACCCCCAACCCCCCCGGCCAUUCAGCGUUGACUCUGUCAGCAUUUCCACCUCUGUGCUGCUGUAGAGAGUCAGGUACACACUCGCAAACACUUUUACCAAAGCCACCCUGACACUUGGUCUGCCUCACGUCUGUCAAGAACACAGGGUGGGACGGAGAGGAGGCGGUUAUGAUGUUACAUUAGUCUGUGUGCCUUACAUUUUACUGCUCUUUGAAAGGAAGAAGACAAAGAUGAAAAAAGAGAGAAAUGUACUAUUUAAGAUAUUUAUUUUUGAGGGUUGACGAUGUUGACACUCUGAGAGUAGAGACUUAGAGGCGGUACUGUAUUAAUAAUAUUAUUAUGUACUCAUCUCAAGGCAUAUAUAAGUUAUUGAUUAGUUUAUUAUUAUUAUCAUUAUCAUUAUAAUUAACAUACUCAACCAAAAUGUUCAUGUAGGAGUUAUUUAAAAUACUGUUAUGUGCACUGUACUUUUUUAAAAUCUUUUUGAAUCUUUAGAACAUGAUAAAAAGUUAGCUAUAUGCCUUUUGUAUGGAAGAACUUUAUUUAAUUGCAGGCCCAUUUGCAUGCAUAUUGUUCUCUGCCUCUUCUAUGUGUAGAUGAGAGAAAAUAAUAAUGAUAAGUUUGACAAAAACAAGCAAAUAUGCUGCUUUUCUCUACUAGAAUGUAUAGUCGUCGUCGAGGUUUCAGUAGCUGUGCUUCUUUUGCUUCAUAUUCAUCAGAUGGGCUGUUUUACACUGUUGGGAAUUUUUAUACUUGAACUCUUUCUUACAAGGGAAAUAUUAAAAUAAAUGACAAAAAAAACCUUUUCUGAGAAGCAUUUUGUUGUCACUGGAUGAAGGCUUAUAAAGUGUUGCUAUUUAAGUGCAAAGGUCCUGUUGAUAUUAAAACCUUUACUUCAGAAUUUCAACAUCAUUUACUCAAAUUAGAAUAAAAUGUUAUAUAUUUGAAAAAAAACAAAAACACAGUGUCCUUUU